UAUUCUAUAUCAGUGUCAUCACAAUGUUGAACCUGACCGGGGAAAUGUAUAUUUAAGUGCCGAAAACAGUUUAAACAUGAAUUUGUAUUCAGUUGAUAAUAAACUUUCAUAUAAAAAUUUCAUUAUUUGCAUCACAUUUUUGGUUUUUGGUGCGUGGACUACAGUGACAUAUGCAGAAGACAUUUCUAACCCCAAACAUGAAAAUGGCACAUCGGACAGUAAAAAUACUGUGUUGAAAGAUUCUCCGCCGACGAAUUUGAGUACUAAUAUUUCAAUAGAAUUACGUACUUUAGAAAAUUCUGACAAUAGUAAUGUGAAACCAAGUGUCACUACUUCAGUACUAAAUACAACAUCUCGAAACGUAUCUACAACUACAGUUCAACCUGAUCGUGAUAAUAACAGUCAAACAACUGAGAAAGUUAAUACGUUAUCUACAAGUAUUAUUAAUGAUAAAAAUGGAAAUAAUAUGUCAGAUUUUACAAUUCCGUCACAAAGUUCGGAUAUUAAUAACGCAACGAAUACGAGUACAACAACAGUUACGCCAGCAGAACCAGUAUUACCGGAUAAGGGAUCCGCAGAAGAAGAACAUAAUAGUUCUAUGUCCAUAUUUUUUGUUCUCUGUGUUUUAGCAUUAGGCAUUUUACUUAUACAUCUUAUGCUAGAAACAAAUUUUCAGUAUCUACCGGAAUCAGUAGUAAUUGUCUUCUUGGGAGGAGCCAUUGGUAUGAUUAUAAAUCUUAUGUCAAAUCAAAACAUAGCUAAUUGGAGAAAAGAAGAAGCCUUUUCUCCAACUGCAUUUUUUCUUGUACUUCUUCCACCUAUUAUAUUUGAAUCUGGAUAUAAUUUACAUAAAGGAAAUUUCUUUCAAAAUAUUGGCAGUAUUUUAGUUUUUGCUAUACUUGGCACAGCCAUAUCUGCAUUUGUUAUUGGAGCUGGAAUUUAUUUGUUAGGGUUAGCUCAGGUAGCAUAUAAACUUAGUUUUGUUGAAAGUUUUGCAUUUGGGUCAUUAAUAUCAGCAGUAGACCCGGUUGCUACUGUAGCUAUAUUUCAUGCCUUAGAGGUAGAUCCAGUAUUAAACAUGUUAGUUUUUGGAGAAUCUAUUUUAAAUGAUGCUAUUUCCAUUGUAUUAACUACAUCUGUAUUGGAAUCCAAUAAUGCAACAACUACUAGUGAAGCCAUUAUACUUGGCUUAAAUAGAUUUUGUCUUAUGUUUUUUGCCUCUGCGGGCAUUGGAGUUGUCUUUGCUCUUAUAAGUGCAUUAUUACUCAAACAUGUGGAUCUCAGAAAGAAUCCUUCUCUUGAAUUUGGACUUAUGUUGGUAUUUACAUAUGCUCCAUAUGUUUUGGCAGAAGGCAUCCAAUUAUCUGGUAUUAUGGCAAUUUUAUUUAAUGGAAUUGUAAUGUCACAUUAUACACAUUUUAAUUUAUCAACUGUUACUCAAAUUACAAUGCAACAAACUAUGAGAACCUUAGCAUUCAUUGCUGAAACCUGUGUAUUUGCAUAUUUGGGAUUAGCUUUAUUCAGCUUUAGACAUAGGGUUGAACCUGCAUUAAUUAUAUGGUCUAUAGUUCUAUGCCUAAUUGGUAGAGCUGCAAACAUUUUCCCUUUAGCUUUUCUUGUGAAUCGUUUUCGAGAGCAUCAAAUUACUAAAAAAAUGAUGUUCAUAAUGUGGUUUAGUGGUCUGCGUGGAGCUAUUUCAUAUGCUUUGUCAUUACAUUUAGAUUUUAGUGAUGAAACACGACAUGUGAUAAUCACCACUACAUUAAUCAUUGUAUUAUUUACAACAUUAAUAUUUGGUGGUUCCACUAUGCCAUUAUUGAAAUUUUUGAGAGCAGAAAAGAAACCAAAAAACAAUAGUAGGAGGAAAAGGAAAGACAAAGAAGUUUCAUUAAGUAAAACUAGAGAAUGGGGACAAACAAUAGAUUCUGAACAUUUGUCAGAACUUACAGAAGAGGAGAUUGAAGUAUCUUUCCUUCAGUCACGAAUUCGUGGUUUUGCAAGAUGGGAUCUAAAAUUUUUUAUCCCAUUUUUUACAAGAAGAUUUACACAACAAGAAUUAAAAGAUUGUAAAUCACAAAUGACAGAUCUAACAAAUCAAUGGUAUCAAGCUAUUCGAAUUAGUCCAAUGGAAUCAGAUGAUGAUGUAACAACUGCAUCAACAGCGCAAUUAAACAUAAAUUUAACAGCAGAGAAUCAGAAUCAAAUACAUGGAAAACAAAGCAAAAGACGUCCAAGUCACGGGUCUAUAUUAAGUAUAUAA